GUGACCGGUUUGGCCUACGCCAUCUUUGUAAUAUAUAAGGUAUGUGCUAGCUCUUUCGAGAUUUCCUCUUAGGGGAUAAUAUUGUUUGUGACGCCAUCUGUCGCAUUGGAAUUACAUCAAUGGCGACAAGCGACCAUCCACCUUCCAUAACAUCCUAUCUACAUACCUCGAAUAUGAUGGCGGACAAAAAUCUUUUCGCAAAAGUUAGCCAACGGAUGGGUCUUCUUCCAACGACUACGAAAGGUUUGAACGACAUCAAGAGUGUUGCAGAAGACAGCACGCAGACGAAAGGGAGCGGCUCUCCUUUAGAUGUGGUUAGACGAGAAGCCGAGGUGAUUGCGGAAGAUGUUAUCAUAAACUUCGGCAGAGAUGACAGGAAACCGCCGAACAAAUUUUGUAAAACUAUGAGAAGAACUGUGAAAGAACUGUCUUCCCGGCAUGAUAUUGCUUUUAAGGGUAUGGUGAACAAGCUGAACCUUGAAAGUAACAACCCUUUUCAAACAUUCAACAACGUCGCCGAUGAAAUUUAUGACGAUGGACAGAUCAACUGGGGAAGAAUUGUGGCAGUGUAUGCAUUUGCUGCGAGGUUAGCAAACGAUAAAGGUACUAACACUGACUUUCCAAAGAAAAUUGCUCUCUUUGUUGGGAAGUACGUGGGCAACAAACUGGGACAGUGGAUCGUUGACAAUGGAGGCUGGGAGGCUUUUGCAAGUUACUUUCCAGAUCAAGGAGAUAUUGAAGACACUAUGUGGAAGGGAUUACUGUUCACUGCUGUGGGACUUGGUGCAUUAGCAUCUGUGGUAGCCAUAAGAUAAAGAGCCAUUUGCCUGGGGUGUGACAGUUUGUCCUGUGAUAAUCCAUCAGUCGCAGUAGCUGGAUCAGUGGAUGAUUUUGUUACCAGCAAGAUAAUGGCAGUGAAAUGGAUCAUAAUCGUCCUUGUCUGUUCAAACAUUAACAGAUACAAGAUGAGUGUUCCUUUUUCUGCAACAAGAUUUCUCACUGCCAUUGAGGAACAAUUUGGUUUAGAGAUCUUAAAGACUGCCAGACGGUGAAAAGUGUGCUGUUGCGAUGAGAACCCAUGAGUGAAGCUGUUUUCAGGUUCAUUAUGAAACUAGUGCAUUAGGAGCUGGUAAUAUCAGUAAAAGGCCUUCUUAAAUUAAGCUGCAAAGAAAAUCUUUCAUAGUUCUAUAUAACAGAUAUUUAGGUUAGUAAUGAACUGUCUGACUUUGGCCUAUGGUGCUGGAUGAGAAUCUGGCCUUUCGUUCUUUUUCUCAAGAGGAGUGUAGAAGUUUUCCUGAGUCUCUUCAUUAUAAGACUCUUUAAUUUAUAAAUGAUUUUUAUUGACUUGGUACAAAGGUGAUUAUUUUGUAGCUAUGGGGGAGGUAUAUUGUAUUUUAGGUUCUGAAAACCUUAGACAUGAGUGACAGUUAUCAUUAUGUUGAUUCUUCCUGAAUUAUUAGUAACAGUCCUUUUUCAAUAGCCCUGUGUCAGAAGUGGGUGUUUAAUAUUUUACCAAGACCUGUUAUUAUUUGAUUUUUUUUUUUCUUGGUAAAAGAAUUAUAUAAGAAGUGGAUGUCAUGCAGUUUUGCUUUAAAAAAUGCUGACAGUAGAGAUUCGUUACACAUUGCAUUAAUUUUUUUUUUCUUUUUUCUUUUUUUGUACGGAAGAGGGAUUUUAAUUUUUCAAAAACAGGAAGAGUGCAUUGAAAGAUGUAUAUCUUUUGUGAAUGAUUCCUGCUUUUGUUUGUGCUUUUUGUAAAAGUGAAUGUCCUAGGCAUUUUGAUGGUAGAGCCAAAAGUAAAGUGUAUGUACUUUCACUCAUCAGUCAGGUGUGUUGGGUGAUUUGUGUGACUGUUAUACACUUUUCAUUAAGAAACUUAGUUUGGCAUUGUUCCCCCUUUGGUCCUUGAGAACAUGCAGUAUAAAUGUAAUGGUAUAUGUGUUUUGUUUUACCCCUCUCCCCUUUCUCCCAACAUUUUCAUUUGGUUGUUGUCAAAGUUAAUGUGUUUUUUAUUAUCCUCCUCCCCCCUGUUUUGCAUUGCUGAGCAGCUGAAAAAUGGUGCUAAAAUAUUAUCAGUGUGUAUAUGCUUAAAAAAAACCUGAAAUAGUUGUGUGUCCUUCAAGUUCAUUUCACAUCUUACCCUCAUCCCACAUUUUUUGCCCCAAAAGUGCACUAGAAUGUGUAUAAGGUAAGUUAUCGCCUUUUACAGGGUUGUACGGCUGUUUGUGUUUACAAUUCUGUAAGGGGCUCUUAACAGAAAGAAACUGCCAUAUUCCUUUUUGUAUGUAAUAGUGAUGUCAAGCAGAUUACUUUUUUCAUUUGUUCAGCUGUGCAAAAAAAUCCCAUGUAAUUAUUUUUAACAACUUUUGUGCAAUAAAAGCUGUUAUAUUUAUCAGUA